CCGGCCAAGGAGCGAGCCCGAGCCCGGGCGUCCAUGGGGCGCUUCCUUGGCCUGAGCCUGACCGCGACCCCAGACUGCAGCUCGCGCCUGUCCUGACCUGAACCUGGGAUUUUGCUGGAGGAUCGCGCGGCCCGAAAAGGCCUUGCAGAGCACAAUGGCUGAGCAGCUUCUUCCUCAGGCUUUGUAUUUGAGCAAUAUGCGGAAAGCUGUGAAGAUAAGAGAGCGAACACCAGAAGACAUUUUUAAACCUACCAAUGGGAUCAUUCAUCAUUUUAAAUCCAUGCACCGAUACACGCUGGAAAUGUUCAGAACUUGCCAGUUUUGUCCCCAAUUCCGGGAAAUCAUCCACAAAGCUCUCAUUGAUAAAAGCAUCCAGGCUUCCCUGGAAAGCCAGAAGAAGCUCAACUGGUGUCGUGAAGUGAGGAAGCUCGUGGCACUGAAAACCAAUGGUGAUGGAAAUUGCCUCAUGCAUGCUGCUUGUCAGUAUAUGUGGGGUGUCCAGGACACAGACCUGGUCCUGAGGAAGGCACUCUUCAGCACUCUCAAGGAGACAGACACACGCAACUUUAAAUUCCGCUGGCAGCUGGAAUCUCUGAAAUCUCAGGAAUUCGUGGAAACGGGACUUUGCUAUGACACUAGGAACUGGAAUGAUGAAUGGGACAACCUUAUCAAAAUGGCAUCCACAGACACCCCAGCAGCCCGAAGUGGACUUCAGUAUAAUUCACUGGAAGAAAUUCAUAUAUUUGUCCUUUGCAACAUCCUCAGAAGGCCCAUCAUUGUCAUUUCAGAUAAAAUGCUGAGAAGUUUGGAAUCAGGUUCCAAUUUCGCCCCUUUGAAAGUGGGUGGAAUUUACUUGCCUCUCCACUGGCCUGCACAGGAAUGCUACAGAUACCCCAUUGUUCUUGGUUAUGACAGCCAGCACUUUGUACCCCUGGUGACUCUGAAGGACAGUGGGCCUGAAAUCCGAGCUGUACCACUUGUCAACAGAGACCGAGGAAGAUUUGAAGACUUAAAAAUUCACUUUCUGACAGAUCCUGAAAAUGAGAUGAAGGACAAGCUCUUAAAAGAGUACUUGAUGGUGAUAGAAAUCCCGGUCCAAGGCUGGGACCACGGCACCACUCAUCUGAUUAAUGCUGCAAAGUUGGAUGAAGCUAACUUACCAAAGGAGAUCAACCUGGUAGAUGAUUACUUUGAACUUGUUCAGCAUGAGUACAAGAAGUGGCAGGAGAACAACGAGCAGGGGAGGAGAGGGGCACGCGCGCAGAACCCUGUGGAACCUUCUACACCCCAGCUUUCUCUCAUGGAUGUAAAAUGUGAAACGCCCAACUGCCCUUUCUUCAUGUCUGUGAACACGCAGCCUUUCUGCCAUGAGUGCUCAGAGAGACGGCAGAAGAGCCAAAACAAACUGCCAAAACUGAACUUCAAGCCAGGCCCAGAUGGGUUGCCCGGGGUGGCACUUGGAGCCUCUCGGGGAGAGGCCUACGAGCCCUCAGCCUGGAACCCCGAGGAGCCAGCUGGAGGGCCUCAUUCAGCCCCACCAACAGCGCCCAGCCUUUUCCUGUUCAGCGAGACCACCGCCAUGAAGUGCAGGAGUCCCGGCUGCCCUUUCACACUGAACGUGCAGCACAAUGGAUUUUGUGAGCGUUGUCACAGUGCCCGGCAGAUCAAUGCCAACCACACCACAGACACCACCAGGCAUUUAGAUCCUGGUAAGUGCCGAGCCUGCCUCCAGGACGUUACCAGGACAUUUAAUGGGAUCUGCAGUACUUGCUUCAAAAGGACUACAGCAGAGCCCUCCUCCAGCUUAGGUUCCAGCCUCCCUCCUUCCUGUCACCAGCGGUCCAAGUCAGACCCCUCACAGCUCAUCCAGAGUCUUUCCCCGCACAGUUGCCACAGAGCUGGAAGCGAUGCCCCCUCUGGCUGCCUCUCCCAAGCCUCACGGACUCCAGGGGACAGGACCGGGACUAGCAAGUGCAGAAAAGCUGGCUGUGUGUAUUUUGGAACUCCAGAAAACAAGGGAUUUUGCACGCUGUGUUUCAUCGAGUACAGGGAAAACAAACAUUUUGGCGCUGCCUCAGGGAAAGCCAGUCCCACAGCCUCCCGGUUCCAGAACGCUGUUCCGUGCCUAGGGAGGGAGUGCGGCACCCUUGGAAGCACCAUGUUUGAAGGAUACUGUCAGAAGUGCUUCAUUGAAGCUCAGAACCAGAGAUUUCAUGAAGCAAAAAGGACUGACCAGCAACUGAGAUCGAGCCAGCGCAGAGAUGUGCCUCGAACCACACAGGGCACCUCAAGGCCCAAGUGUGCGCGAGCCUCCUGCAAGAACAUCCUGGCCUGCCGCAGUGAAGAGCUCUGUAUGGAGUGCCAGCACCUCAGCCAGCGGGUGGGCCCUGGGACCCACCGGGGUGAACCUACUCCUGAAGAGCCCCCCAAACAGCGCUGCCGGGCCCCUGCCUGCGAUCACUUUGGCAACACCAAGUGCAACGGCUACUGCAAUGAAUGCUUUCAGUUCAAGCAGAUGUAUGGCUAAGCAGAAACAUGUGGCCAGCCCCGCCAAGAGGGGCCGCAGGCCACCAGCCAGAGUGGUGCUAUGCUCCAAACCCCUGGAUGCCAUGGAAGGGGCAGGCCCUGAGACAGUGGCCUUGAGGGUGUCUUCAAGCAAGGGAGGGAAGAUAAGCUCUUCGUCAUGCCUGUGAUUCAGGGGUUUGGAAACCAGGAAUAUUCCCAAGCAGCCUCAGAGCAAAGCUUGUGACUAGCAGUGUGUGCUGUCAGAUUCAGCCCCAGGCUGUCGUUGCUCCUCUCCUGCCAAGCAGAGGGCUGGGACAACUCUGGACUUGGAAUGUGUGCUAGGACUAGCAGUAGCCCCUACCCUCCACCCGCCAGGACUGCUUCAUCAUCUUGCAAAAACAGAAAAAGACACAUGGACAGAUGGUCAGGAGGCCCAGAGCCAUCCCACCUGCCCUCCAUCAGCAUUUUUCAGAGUUGUGAAGUUGAAUCCUCAAGGCACAAAAAGCCCUCUGCAAGUGCUUGCAAAAGCUCAGGGAGAAUUCAUGUAUUCAGAAAGUAUCAGUAGUUCAUGGUUGUCCCCACCUACCUGGCACCUUUCUAUCUUUUUUUUUCUUUGUAUUUUAGAGUCUUUUUAAAAAUGUGUUCUUUUUAUACAUACAUGACAGUAGAGUGUAUUUUGACAUACAUACAUGGCAUAUAACUUCCCAUUUUUGUGGUUGUACAUGAUGUGGAGUUAUACUGGUCAUGUGUAUUCAUAGAUGAACAUAGGAAAGUUAUGUCCAGUUCAUUCUACUGUCUUUCCCAUUCCCAUUUCCCCUCCCUUCCUUUCAUUCCCCUUUGUCUUAUCUAAUGAACUUCUAUUUCUCUCUCCCUGACCCGUAUUAGUAUCUGCAUAUCAGAGAGAACAUUCAUCAUUUGGUGUUUGGGGAUUGGCUUAUUUCACUUAACAUGACAGUGUCCAUUUCUAUCCUUUUACUGACAAAUGCCAUAUUUCAUUCUUCUUUAUGGCUGAGUAAUAUUUCAUUGUGUAUAUAUGCCACAUUUUCUUUAUCCAUUCAUUUGUUGAAGGGCACCUAAGUGGUUCCAUAGCUAAGCUAUUGUGAAUUGAGCUGCUAUGAACAUUGAUGUGGUUGUGUCACUAUCUUGUGCUGAUUUUAAGUCCUUUGGGUAUAUACUGAAGAGUGGAUAACUGGGUCAAAUGGUGGUUCCAUUCUGAGUUUUCUGAGGACUCUCCGUACUGCUUUCCAGAGUGGCUACACCAAUUUGCAGUCCCACCAGCAAUGUACGAGGGUGCCUUUUUUCCCCACAUCUUGGAGAUAAUGCUCUGUCUAAUGUGCAGGUGGCAAAGAUUUUCUCCCAUUCUGUAGGCUCUCUCUUCGUGUUCUUUUUUCCUUUGCUAUGAAGAAGCCUUUUAGUUUGAAAGCAUCCGGUUUUUUGAUUCACAAUUUUACUUCUUGUGCUUUAGGGGUCUUGUUGAGGAAGUUGGUUCCUAAGCCAACAUGAUGGAGAGUUGGGCCUACAGUUUCUUCUAGUGGUCACAGUGUCUCUGGUCUAAUGCCUAGGUCCUUGAUCCACUUUGAGUUGGGUUUUGUGCAUUGUGAGAAAUAGAGGUUUAAUUUCAUUUUGCUGCAUAUGAAUUUCCAGUUUUCCCAACACCAAUUGUUGAAGAGGCUAUCAUUUCUUUGUAUGUUUAUGGCACCUUUGUCUAGCAUGAGAUAACUGUACUUAUUAUGUACAUUUGUCUCUGUGUCUUCUAUUCUGUACCACUGGUCUUCAUGUCUGUUUUGGUGCCAAUACCAUGCCAUUUUUGUGACUAUUGCUCUGUAGCAUAAUUUAAGGUUUGUUAUUGUGAUGCCUCCUGUUUCACUUUUCUUACUAAGGAUUGCUUUGGCUAUUCCGGGCCUCUUAUUUUUCCAAAUAAAUUUCAUGACUGCUUUUUCUAUGAAGAAUGUCUUUGGAAUUUUAAUAGGAAUUGCAUUAAAUCUGUUUAAUGCUUUUGGUAGUAUGGUCAUUUUGACAAUAUUAAUUCUGCCUGUCCAAAGACAUGGGAGAUCUUCCCAUCUUCUAAGGUCUUCUUUGAUUUCUUUCUGUAGUGUUCUGUCAUUUUCAUUGUAGACGUCUUUUACCACUUUGUUAGAUUGAUUCCCAAAUAUUUUCUUAAUGAAGCCAUUGUGAAUGGAAUAGUUUUCUUAAUUUCUCUUUCAGUUGAUUCAUCAUUGGCAUAUAGGAAUGCAAUUGAUUUAUGAGUAUUAAUUUUAUAUCCUGCUACUUUAUGUCUAGCUCCUUUCUGGAAAAAAAAAAAAAAACAGAAUCAAGCACAGACUGUGAUUCAGAGGCUGCUGAUACUGAACAUGUUCACGUUGAAAAUGAGCUGCUCUCUAUAGUAAGCACCUCUUAGAAAUCAAUAUUUUAGUGGGAAGACAGAUAACUCUGGCUUAUCAUUGUCUACCCCUCUAAAAAGGUUUGCUUGAACUGAGGUGCAUGUAAAAGUGUGAACAGAUAUAAUAUACCCUUAUAUUGUGUAUGAGGAAUUGUUAAUGUUGAAAUAUUACCCAGAGAUUUAAGUUGAAAGACUAUAAUAAUAACCUAUUUUUUGGUUGUUGCUGGGUCACAACCUGUAUAUACAGCUUAUUUCAUGAACCCAAUAGUCAUAUUCAUGUAAUUCACUUUAUUUAUUUUAUUACAGAAACCAAUGACAUGUUUCUCCUCCUUUGGGGAAAAUGCUGCAUUGCUUUAAGUCUUGUUCUAGAACCUGGCAAGCUCCAGACUGCAGUGGAGGAGGUGAUCUCUUUGAUACCCUUUGCUUAUUGCCUCCCUGGGAAAGAAGGAAUUGCUUCAAGAGUGAAUCCAGUAAACUCUCAUGCUUUUUCCUAUGAAACUCCAGCUGCAGGAUAAGAAACUGCUGUCUGUGUUGUGUAAAUGCCUCUGAGAAUUCUACCUCCUUGGAGAGAAGAUGGAGAAGGAGUGGGGACAAGAUAAGUUUUUUUUGUUGUUGUGUUCAUGCUGUGUGGAGGGUGCUGGGCAGAGACCCUGACACCCCAGCCCUGGGACAGAAAAAAAAUUAGCAAUUGUAAGGAAAUUUCUUUCUGCCCUUGGCCUACAUCUUCCCUGUGUGCUUUGUGUUAUUGUCGUGCUUGCUUUAGGAAAAAAGGAGGAAAAUGCAUUUUCCCAGAAAUAAAAGUCGGCCAUUUUAGAGGUCUGAACUUAGCACCUGAAUAUAUUGUGACCCAUGAGUACGUAGUCUUCUCUUGUAUUCUGACAUGUCUUUUUCCCCCAACAUAAAUCUUUCUGAUUUUUUUUCCAAAGAUGUCAACUAAACUUCAGUGUUUUCAUAUAAUCCUUUCAAAGUUGAUAGCUUAAUAUUUUGUGUCUAUCAAUGUUUUCAUUCUUAAUGUGAAAUAAAAUUAUUUAUACUUAUUAUAGAAAGUGUUUGAAAUUUGCACAUUUGGUUUUAUCUUAUAUAAUUCUGUGUAUCUUUGUUGGAUUCUGCAAGUUUUCCUAAGUAAACGUAACUUUUCCCAAGAGUAAAUAUUAAAAAAUAAAUUAUUUAAGAACAAAA